AGGACGGGCUCCGCGAGGUGCGCUCAUUACAACGUUUGGCUCGGUCGGAACGCAAAUCCGAUUGAAAAUUGGCCACAGACAACGAGGCUGAGCGCGCUGAUAGCGUUUCGUGGCCAUUUCUUCUAUUCUCUCCACAGGAUACAUCGCGCACCGGUCUGCACGCUUUUCCACUGUGCGUCCGCGUAAAGUAAGACCGCAGCUAGGACCGUCCGCAUGGGCCGAUCUCCAGUGUAUAAUUGCGCUCGAGAGAUGCCGUGUGGUCACCGGCGUUAACCGUUCACCCGUCACAUUGGAGCUGUCUGCCACAUGUGGAUUGUUGUCCCGCGGAGCAGAAGAGCCGCGUUUCAUCUCACGCUUGGUGAUGUGAUUAUUGAAAUCACGGUGGAUACGUUGGAUUUUGUGGAUCGUACGCAGACCCGUCGAGACCGAGGUCGUGUGGGAAGUUGGAAGAAGCAGAGCGCACCGUCCGCACGCAGGCUUGGGGAUACCUCUGGACAAUGCUUCAGUGCGCCAACUGCGAAAAACCUAUUGUCGAUAGGUUCCUGCUCAAAGUACUGGACAGACCGUGGCACAUUAAAUGUGUUCAGUGCUGCGACUGUAAAUGCACUUUGACAGAGAAGUGUUUUUCACGCGAGGGGAGGCUGUACUGUAAGAACGACUUCUUUAGGAGGUUCGGGACCAAGUGUGGCGGCUGCGCCCAGGGGAUUUUACCCAGCGACCUCGUCCGCAGAGCCAAGAGCAAAGUGUUCCACCUGAACUGUUUCACCUGUGUGAUGUGCAACAAACAGCUGUCCACGGGUGAGGAGCUGUACAUCCUGGACGAAUUCAAGUUCGUCUGUAAAGAGGACUAUCAGAACAACAACGGGAAAGACACAAUCCUGCUUUCAGUAACGACGUGCAGCGACCCCAGCAUGUCUCCGGACUCUCAGGACCCACAGGACGACGGGAAGGACUCGGAGACGGGACACCUGUCCGAUAAGGACGUGUGCGGCAACGAGAACGACGAGCAGAGCGCCGUCGGGAAGCGGCGCGGGCCCCGGACCACCAUCAAAGCCAAGCAGCUGGAGACCCUGAAAGCGGCUUUCGCGGCCACGCCGAAACCCACCAGGCACAUCAGGGAGCAGCUGUCACGGGAGACCGGCCUCAACAUGAGAGUCAUCCAGGUUUGGUUCCAAAACCGAAGGUCCAAAGAGAGACGCAUGAAGCAGCUGAGCGCCCUGAGCGCGCGCAGACACAUGUUCUUCCGCAACCCGAGGAGGAUGCGAGGGCUCAGCGAGCGAAUGGAACCAGGGGAGCUUGGCCACUUCUCCUACUAUGGGGAUUAUCCUGGUGAAUACUACAACUCAGGAGGGAAUUAUGAGUACUUCCCAGGCCCACCACCAUCCCAGGCUCAGACGCCAGCAGACCUGGGCUUCGUGCCCUCCUCCGUCCCCGCUGGCACCCCGCUGGGAGCCAUGGACCACCACCACGCAGGCCACCACUGUCCCGGAGACGUGCACUGCUUCCCGGACACGGUGUCUCACCAUCCCGUGGACUCGCCCAGUCCGGAUCACAGCAUCUCCAGUGAGAUGUGUGGCCCCAGCACUCCGUUCACCGUGUCCCUCACUGACAACGGAUACACCAACCAGCUCUCACAGCCCUCAUCAGAACUGAGCGAAGGCACCGUGUGGUAAAAGUGACUCACGCCACAAGGCGCAGUAGGAUUUAUUUAUUUAUUUAUUUAUUUAUUUAUUUAUUUAUUUAUUUAUUUAUUUAUUUAUUUAUUUAUUUAUUUAUUUAUUUAUUUAUUUAUUUAUUUAUUUAUUUAUUUAUUUAUUUAUUUGACCACUUCAAUCACUGAUAUAUUACAUUUCAGUCCCACACUGAUCAAGCAAUAAACAAUAGUUGUUGUUUUUUUAAAUUAGUUCAAAGCCUAUUUCACAUCUUUAUUAAAAUGUUAAGGUAUGUUAUAAAAAUGCAUGAUGGUGUUUCUUUUCAUUAACGUCCAGCAUUUUUCACACACUGGCCAACAUCAUUUCCAUUUAUGAGUCCAUGUGUAGGAUUAUUUGCCAAUAAAAACUGUAUCUGGUUUUGUGUCGCAUGUUUACACACAUACGACAGAAAACCUCUCUCAGGACUGUGACAGCAUCGGUUUGAUUAGUUUCCUCAUUGAUUUGUACUGAAUGAUUUGAUUUGCCACCACUGUAUGUUUGCCUUCAAAAGGAUGUCUUUAUAUAUAUAUAUAUAUGAAACAUAUUAAUAUAGAAACAUGGACAAUUGUACAGUACAGUCAACUGUUUACUUAAAGCUCCAGUAUUCAGGGGGUUGAAGUUCAGCUGUGUGAAACCUCUUGAUUCAGAAGAACGAACCGUUUAUUAAUGCAAACCAACCAAACUUUUGUAGCUGUUCUGAAUACGUGUUCGCUCACUGUGCUCUAGUUUUUAUGAUGUCCUCAUUAAAAACAAUAAACGAUAAACAAAUGAAA